AUGCCCAAGAAGACUGAUAAGUCUGGCUCAAACUCGCAUCCAAGCUAUGAGGAACGACUGCGCAGCGCCGUGGAUCUUACUCAGGUUCUGGGCAUCCUUCGAGAAGCGGAAACCGGCGAAAGUGAGCAAUCGCGCACCUUCUUUUUCCAGGCUUUGAGCGUUCUGGCCCAGAAGGCGGCAGCGACACAUGCUGCGAGCGUCGAGUGCAGAGUCGAAGCUGUCCGGCAAGGAGAGUGGCUGCUUGAGUCCUGCUCGAAGCUGGACGGUGGAAAGCCGCAGGAGAGUGCCGUUACCUCCAUGGUUCGAGUUUGCUGCGCUUGUGGGGCCCAAGAGAAGGCACUGAACCUCGUGGCGGAAGCGCAGGCAAAGGGCGUGAAGCCGCGACUGCGGACGCUCUCCGCAGUUCUUCUGCAGGCCGCAGAGGCCAGGGACCGCUCAACUUGCGAGUCGCUUUGGGCACGGCUCCCAAGCCUGGGUCUUGAGCCCCAGGACUCCGAGUUCGCGAUCAUGCUGCGAACCUUUCGUGGAGAACCCGUUCGUCAGUAUGAGCUGUUGCGACAACUCAUUGACGAGCUGCCGUUGCCUUCGGAUCCACCGCUGGUUGACGAGAUUGGCCGGGUCUUUGGCGUGGAAGGCAUUCAGGCCUUACGGUCCGCAGAUGUGCCUGAAGCAGUUGGACGGGAGGAGAAUGGCAAACGUUGGCAUGUUGGGUGGACCACUCUCAGCGAAGAUGGGCGAUGUGCUCUGAGCGGGCAUAGUCUACAGGCUUUGGACAUCUCACGCGAGGAAGAAGCCUUAUUGGAGCGCAUGGUGAUCAAGCUUGCCAUUGAUGGAGUCAAGAACUCCGGUAAGCGUUUCAAGCGCUUCAAGAAAUGGCUAGAAGAACAACCGCCUUUCGACAUUGUGAUUGAUGGAGCCAAUGUUGGCUUCAAUAACCAGAACAGAGAAGGAGGCUUGUUUCAGUACAGCCAGAUCGACGCUGUUAUCAAGAAGCUGCGCGAAACUGGCAGCAGGGUGCUCCUGGUGCUACAUCCCAAGUGGUUGCGUGCAGACGCGGAUCGGACGGUAACCAAACGAAAAAAGAGAAAGCUCGAUCAGAUCAACCUGGAGUCAGGACUCGGUUCUUCUGACGAGUCGGCGGAGGAGCACGAGGACGGAGAGCCAGAGAUCCAAUAUCCCUUUGACCCCAUAACUGAUGCAGAGAGGGCUGCACCCUCUGGCACACCGCUUGCCUUCAUUCGCCAGUGGAAGGAGUCAGAUUGCCUUGUCCGUGUACCCGCCAAAGACUGUGACGAUUGGUACUGGCUAUUUGCUGCGCUGUCUUCCGCGCGCCGAGGUGCUAGGCAUGUACAGGUGGUUAGCAAUGACCACAUGCGAGACCAUCACUGGCGGAUGGUCGGCAACCGCGCGUUCCUGAAGUGGCAGGGAAGACACAUGACCAGAGUGAGCAUUUGGUCCGAGACUUCAGAUGCGGAGAACUGCAAAGUUACACUGACGCCUCCGGACCUCUACUCCAUGCAAGCACAGGUGCUUCUCUUCCUCCUGUAUGUUCGUCGACCAGAGGCCGCUCCAGCGGUGUUGGUGGAAGGGCCUUUCACGCUUCGAAGAGGACAGGAAAAGCCAUUGAUCAGUCGCGGGUCUGCGAGCUGUGUGUUGCUUCUUGUGCUCAUUUUUGCUUUUACACACCCGCCUAAGGCUUCGGCAGUGGACGUUACGACCGUUACGAGUCACGUCGUACCGGCCAUUCGGCUCUGCGUGUCGAAAAGCGGCCCAUUAAGCCGGAGACUGUCAAACCUUCAUCAACUCAACCAACUCCAUCGCAGAAGGUACCUUGCUGGUAUGAAGAGGACAUCUUCACCCUCCCCAUGUAAGGAGAAGACGCGGCGGACUGGACUAAGCUGGUCGUGGGGCCCACCACUGAAGCUGCGAAUGCGCAUGGCAGGAUUCGGAACAAUUGGAAUAGAAUUUGUGAAUACUGGGCGUGUGGAUGGUCCAAAAGGAUCCGUCCAUCUAGCGCUCGAUGGGCACCGUUUGCCUUCCAUACCCAUGAACCAGACUUGCCACUUGCUCCUGGCAUUUCGUGAUGCAGAGGACUUGGAGGUUGAAGCGCCAAGCCCUGAUGUCUUCAACUUCGGCAGAGACCUGAAGGUGUUUGCUCACCACUGCCCGCGACGUUUAUCGGGGCCAAGCGCUGAAGCUUUGGGUGCCGGGAAAGCAGCAACUUGUAGGGUCCGACAGCAGGUCUGGAUUGGAUGGUGCGGAUGCUACGGUUCCUCCUCAAAGCUCGCUCCGAGCUUCGAGGGCCACGACUGGCGAGCAGGGAGGAUCGACAAGGUGAUCAAUGCUUCACAUGCUGUGGUGAGUUUAUCGACGGAUGAGAGGUUUGUGCUUCCAGCCUGGCAGCUUUUGCCAGCCAGCGGCAGUGAGUUUGACGACUUGGACAGCUCAGUUCAGCGUUGUGCAAGUUUCGAACUUGGGACGGAAAAGAGACGCGGAUUCGUUGUUCUCGGCUUUGUUGCCUUGGUCCGAAGCCAUUUGUGGUUCCAAAUCACAGAACACGGUUGGGCGAAAGCAGUGAAGUGCAGCCUCGACGACAACAUGGGCUUCAACCGUGGAAACACUGUGUUGGCACUUGGACCAGAGAAGUACCGCUCCACAAAAUCGCAGUUUUGGAAGGACACCGAGGAGCUGGAGCGCUUUCCUCCCAAGUAUCAGGAACAGGAGGACGUUUUCGAGGAGUAUCUUCACAAUGGCUCGCUUUCCCCAUCGCGGCACCAGCUUGCACUGAAGAGCUCGUCAGGGUUGAUGGAGUUGCACUACGACACUAUGAGGAAGCGGGCCAAAGAACGUGCAGCGCAUCCCGUGCAAAAGAAAUUACCAAGCAUGGACAGAGCUUACACCGCGUGCGCUGGUUACAGCGGUCUAAUCCCAGGCAAGAUCUCCGGCAAUAUUGGCUACUCGAUCCGCUUCGUUGAGCCGCAAACUGGAGAUUCAAUCGCAGGCAUGCGAGUCCUGUCCUUGCCGCGGCUAACCAGCUUUGUCCGUGACAGCGACGGAGACUCACCUCCACUGCGCGCUCGUAGUUGGUCAUCCUCCACCUAUCCGCUGAGAGACCUUCUCUCGCCAAAACGAAUGAAUGGUGACGAGCUUUUGCUCGAUGGUGGCGAGACUUACCGGGCCAACAACAUCCUGCAUCUGUGGAAAGUCCGGGGGGCCAAGCGGCCCAUUACUGACUUUUACACGAAAGUGCAGGUGCUCGGAGAGGGUGCCUUUGGAACCGUUUCCAAGUGGCGCGUCAACGGCAUGUACGAAUCUGCCGACAAUCACGUGGCUGUGAAACUGAUCAAGUGGCAGGCAGUGUGGCAAGGUUUCUUUCGGAAUCGCGCUGCGGAAAAAGAGAUUCGAAAAGAACUGAAGCUUCUCUUGAUAUUGGACAACCCGUUCAUCAUCAAGUUUCGUGAGUGGUUCGAAGAUCCUUGCAACGGGAUCUUCUUCGUAAUGGAACUGUGCACUGGGCCGUCCCUGCAGAACAUACUUGAGGACGUCUGUGUGCUGUCCGAGCAUUCGGAGCGCACGGCAUACUUGCAGAAGCUGCGACGGCAUUUUCGAGAGGUGACGUACGCCGUCAGCUACAUUCACAACUUUGUCCCGGCUGUCAUCCAUCGGGAUCUGAAGCCAGAGAAUGUGCUGCUCGCAUCCUGCUGUGACCACAGCACAGCGAGACUGAUCGAUUUCGGCUUAGCGUCCCUGAAGACUGACGAGGACUACGAGCACCUCCCCGUUGGCACGAUGGUCUUCAUGGCGCCGGAAACGUUUACAAACCCCUCUCCGCAACUGACUGGGCAAACGGAUGUUUGGGCUCUGGGCGUUAUUCUGACCUGGAUCGUGACGGCCGUUGAGCUCGGCAGCUUGCAACAUCCAAACCUGGAUCGUGAAGAUGGCCGCGAUUUUUGCGUGAAGUGGAUAGACAUGUACCGGGCUUUCAAGAACCAAGUGCCUUGGAAUCGUGCUCUGGUGCAGGGCCACCCGGAAAUUACCAACAUCCUCGACAAGGUCUUGGCGAUCGACCCAGCUGAACGUUGUACUGCUUCUGACAUCUUGCAGGCUGACUGGAUGCGUGUAACUGAUCCUGCCGCCUCCGCCUCCGCUGCACUGUUGGAGAAAGGGACUCUACUCUACAACUUGCGAACUUUCACGGAGCUGUCCGCCUUGGAGAAGAAGAUCGUGUCCCUGGUGGCUGAUCAUGCCCCUGAUGCGAAGACAGCACUUCUCCGAAGGACAUUUCGAGCCUUCGACAAAACCAAUGAUGGCUUUCUCGAGAUGUCCGAGUUGAUCGAAGGCUUCAGGGAACAUGACGUCGACGUUGACGAAGCAGCUAUUCGGGAAGUGUUUGAGGCAAUGGACUUGGACGACAACAAGCUUAUUAGCUAUCAAGAGUGGCUUGCUGCUACUAUUGGGCCGAAGGUGCUUGAGUCUGAAGGUGCGCUGCAAGCGUGCUUCCGGCGCCUGGAUGCUGAAGCCAACGGCAUCAUCAGCAGAAGUGAUAUUGAGAGGGCUGUCGGAGAAGGAGGUGCAGACCAAGUCUUCGGGCCGCGAGAAGAUUCCUUCUUCGAAAGCGACUGCCAGCUCACCUUCGAUGGUUUCAAGGCCCUUGCCAGCAGGAUUGGCGAAAAGCGCGCAGUCACAUCGGUGGCCAAAGGUUCGCAGUCAAUGGUGAUUACACCUGCCCCAAAGUCCGGGCAUCUCCAACACAAGCGGAAUUCUGUCCACUGA